UUUUUUUUUUGCAAUAAUCUUCAGUUAGUUGGAACAAUAGUUGCUUCAAGUGUCUACUUUGGCACAUCUUGGUGGCUUCUCACAACCAUUGAGCACAUCUGUGAUCCAUCAAAGCUGCCAGUGGGAAGUCCAUGGACAUGUCCUGGUGAUGAUGUGUUCUACAAUGCAUCAAUCAUUUGGGGUGUCAUUGGGCCCCUCAGAAUGUUCACUGACAAAGGAGUCUACCCAGAGCUCAACUGGUUCUUCCUCAUUGGCUUAUUGGCACCUGUCCCUGUUUGGCUGCUCUCUAAACAAUUUCCCAACCAAAGGUGGAUCAAGCUCAUAAACAUGCCCAUUAUACUUGGAGCCACAGGUUACAUGCCUCCUGCUAGGGCUGUGAACUAUUUGACAUGGCUUACAGUUGGGAUUUUCUUCAACUUUUAUGUGUUUAGAAAGUACAAGGGCUGGUGGGCUAGGCACAACUAUAUCCUCUCUGCUGCUUUGGAUGCUGGUGUGGCCUUCACAGCAGUUCUGCUAUAUUUCAUCCUCCAAUCCAAGGAUAUCAUGGGUCCAAACUGGUGGGGCCUACAAGCUGAUGACCAUUGCCCGCUCGCCACGUGUCCCACGGCACCGGGUAUAGUUGCCAAAGGCUGUCCAGUUCUCUGAGAUUAAUGUAAUUCACAUGUGCCUGUGCAAAUCAUAUAUAGUUAGCCCAGUUCUGGCUGAUUGGUGGUAAUGGAUAUGAAGCUG